AUGGUGUGGAAAAGACAUUCGAAUCAAUUGAGACACAGGCAUUGCCUGGAGAACUUCGAAACAAUGUUAGAUGAAUUCGACUUGCCGAAGCCUCCUCUCCGUCGAAGCCUACAACCGAAUCCAAAUCGAUCCCAAGUGCUGCUUGAUGGUGAAGAACCCGAUGAGCCUCCACUCAUUUCCGAUGUCGCCGAUGAGCCCAAGCAAGCCGAUGUUACUGAUCCACCGUCGCCACCGAACUGCCCUCAA